AGGAAAUGAGCUAUUCCACAGCUGAUGGAUAUUUCCAGGCAAGAUGGCCGUCGAUCGGACAAAUUUGUUUCUGGCGACGAUAAAAACAGUGAAAACUCGCAAUAAGAUAUUGAACAUUGGUUCAGAGGAAGCCAAAAAUACAGCAACAGUUCACCCAAGACCCAAGGGAGAAUUUAUUGUCAGAGCAAAAGAUGUGGUACAGAAUAUCAGCAAGUUAAGAGAUUUCCUGCUGAAGCAUAGGAAGGACUAUAUUGAUGCCACAGGGUAUCUGACAUCAGAAGUGUCCAAGAUGACAGACAAUGAGAGGGACCAGAUUGACAAUGAUGCCCAGACGUUUAUGCGCACCUGCUCAGAGGCCAUCAGGAUUCUUAAGACAGAAGUACUAAAACAACCAAUGCCACAACAAGUGCGUAGCCACAGAGAGGCAGUGUUUGAGCUCAUGGAGGCAUAUCUAAAAGCCGUGUGUAAGCUAUACAGUGAGCAGAGGGCCAUACGUGUCAAAAGAGUUGUGGACAGAAAAAGAAUUUCCCGUUUAGAGCCUGAGGGCCGAAGGACAGGCGCUGACCUGACUGAACUCCGACAGAGACACAGGAAAGCACAGUCAGAACAGAACACUGAGGAAGGAGCCAAAAAUGUGAAGACAGAUGAAAGCAAGGUCAUGAAAAAUAUACCAGCAUCUAGGGAUCCUCUUCAGAUGGAAUAUUUGGAAGAGGAUGAGGAUGAUGAACUAUCCCCCGAGGAAAUACAGAUGUUUGAGCAAGAGAAUGAGAGGCUGUACAAUGAGAUGAACAGUCUGGUGGAUGAAGUCAGGCAAAUAGAAGGCAAGGUGGUGGAGAUCUCCAGACUGCAGGAGAUAUUUGCAGAUAAGGUUCUGCAGCAGGAAGUAGAGAUAGACAGGAUUGCUGACACAGUGGUACAGUCGACUGAAAACAUCAAGGAGGGGAAUGAGGAAGUCCGAGAGGCCAUGAAGAAGGAUGCAGGAUUUCGUGUGUGGAUCCUCUUCUUCCUGGUCAUGUGCUCCUUCUCACUGCUUUUCCUGGAGUGGUACAGCUAAGAGG